AAAAUAUAAUUAUAGAUGCCCUCUUUCUUGAACCAUCAGUGAAAUCCCUACCAAAUGUCCCAUUUAAUUGGACAAAGUUUUAAAAUUGUUUUAUUACAUUUUUUUUGUUUAAAUAACUAAAAUGUUCUCUUUUACAACAACUAAAUGUAGAGGUGUACUUCUCUCCUCCUAAAAUCCUAUUCCAUGUGAACAUGGUGACAUGAAUUAUGAAAACAUGAUUACCCUGAUCAUUUUCAUAGGCUUUCAUUUAAAAAGGAGAAUUAGCUAAUUAUUGUCAGAACAGCUAAAUAUUUCUGAAGUAAGAGGGUUUUUUUAAUGUACAUAUUCAUCUCAGUGUCCUUGUGUAGCAUUAAUCCAGAUUCUAAAGGCUUUUUUAAAGUCUGGCCAAGUCCAAAAACUAUUUUUUUUUAACUUAAAAUCACUUUGAUCUAAAACAUCUUCACAAUUUAAUACAGAUUCUUGGUUACAAAGGUUUAGACCGGCUUUGUGUUUGUUUUAGUAAAUUUACAAAAACAUUGAGGACUAUUUUAUGGAAAAAAGCAGGUUGAAGCGCGUUGAAUACGCGAGACCUUCAGCAUCAGAGAAACUAAUAUGAAAACAAAUCAUUGUGAGACACCACAAAAUCAGACUGUUUAGGAGAAAAUUAUUUACUCUUUUUCACACUUUUUUUAAUUGACAGGACGAUAAAAUAGGUAAUAGUACGCCUCCUCUAGUUUCCUUUUCUCCUGUAGUUCAAUCCUCUCUGUAAAUAACCACCUAAUCAAACCAUUGAUAAAAUAAUAUUGAGUUGGGGUCGGACAGAGGAAAGCUGAUUGACAGGCGGUUAGUUUCCAGGACCAACUUGGGCUUAAACUAAAUUAGAACGACAUUUAAACCACAUUUAAGAGCAUUAUAACAUUUUAAAGCCAGAAUUUAACAGAUGGAUUUUGCAAACCAAUUGAAACUUCACCAUCUCUACUUCUCUUAAAUAUUUUUUUUUUUAUAAUUUUCCAGUAUUCUAACAAAUGAAUUACAAUUGAAUAGCACAACGAUCGGCAUGUGAUGGCAAGAAGAAAAUAAAAAUUGGAUUAAAAUGAUAACCAUUUUUAAAGACAACUUUUAAUAAUCGUUAAAACUCAUCUGAGAGGUUAAAAAUCCUAUAGCCAACAUGCAUGAAUGAAUGUCUGACGUGUCAGGUCUAUUUUUGCUGCAUCUGUAUCUUUAUGAACUUCUGACAGGAGAGAAAUGAUAGCAGUACGUUGGCAGAAGAUUCUGCAGAGCUCUGCUGGCUCUUAUCAGAUGUUCCCAUUUCAGCACAGCUGGGUGGCUGUGGGCUGAUGGAGAAACCAGCCAGUCUGUUUCUAGUGCCUUAUUGCAUUGAAUUGUUCCUAUAAAAUGAUGUCACCAAAUCAACCCACAAAAUCAGCGUCAGAACUACUGUAAAUGCAAAUGCUGCUCACGUAGAGGCGCAGCUCAUUCCAUAAACAAGUAGCUUAAAGAUCUAUUCAGAUACAACCUCGCAGAGCUAUCUGAGUCAGAUGUUUUGAGUGUCGCACGUCACAGGAGGCUGGAUGUCAUACAUAAGGCGAAGCGGGAGACCUCCUCUCUUCAGUCAGCCCACGUUAGACACAGCUGCAAAGACACAGCAGCUUCUAUUAGAGCAGAGCAGAAGAGGGAGCUGAGUGUUGCUCACAUUAAAAGGGAUUUUCUGUUCAAGAAGGAGAGAAGGAUUUAUCUGCAAGAAGGCUUGGAAUUUACUGGAAGCUCUGAUUAAAAUCAUUUCUGCAAGAAUUAGACAAGGUGAGUUCAUUUUAUGUGCCUUUUUCUCCCAAUUUAACCACCAGGUUGUAGUGUUAAACUUUAUUGCUUGGCUAUGACACUAAACUGUACUGUUAUUGUUAAAAGUAGAAAAUAGAGAGAUAUUUAAACAAUAUGCAUUGUCCUCAUGCAUUUUGCAGAAACUAAUGAAGGUGGAUUCAGAGUGUAUCCCUCUCUUACAUGUGUUAUGGAAAUUUAACACAGGAUAUCAGGGCUUUUUGUUGUGGUUGGGCGCCUUCCUGUUUCACAGAUCGCUUCUCUUGCCACUCUUGCUGCACAGUCAUAAUGUAAUAAUUAGUGGGAUGGGUAAAAUUAAAAGGCUCCUGUAUUUCCCGGCAUGUCUGAUUUAGUUUCUUUUCUCAUGAAUUUGCAAACCAGCAAGAACAUGGGCACCUGCUUCACCAGAUGCCAUUCUCACCAGACUGUCCUCGAAAAUCAGCCAGAAUCUGUGAUUCCAGGAGAACAGGAAAGUGUGAUUGUCUCUCUGUACGACUACCCAUCGUUAGAGCACACAGAACUGACAAUGCGAAUGGGAGAAAGACUUACCAUUGUGUCAGAUGAUGGAGAUUUUAUGAUGGUGAGAUCUACAACCUCAGGCCGUGAGAGCUACAUUCCUACCAACUACACGGCCAAAGUCAUUGACAGGUGGCUGUACACAGGAAUCAGCAGGUAUAAAGCCGAAGAACUCCUUAAAAAUUCCAGCAACCAGAGCGGCGCUUUCUUGAUCCGAGAAUCAGAGACAAACAGAGACAGCUAUUCACUCUCCAUCCUGCGAAGGACCGGUUCCUCGGACAUAAAUCCUGUGAAGCACUACCGCAUCUCUCAGCUGGAAAACUCCUGGGUCUACAUCUCUCCAGGACUCACAUUCCCUUCCCUUCAUUACCUGGUGGAACACUAUUCAGAGGUUGCAGAUGGACUGUGCUGCCGACUGACGGUGCCUUGCUUCAUCCAAGGGUUGGAUGACCCUCGACCAGUUCCCAUCACUGUCAGAAGACCUACCAUCAACUGGAGGGAAAUUAGCAGGUCUGUGAUCCUCAGGAGGAAGAGAACUGAGUCAGACAACUCUCUGGUGAGCGACGGGCUGAGGGAGGCCAUUAGCUCCUAUCUCCAGUUAACAGAGUGUAAAGAUCACAGCUGGGACACAUGAAGGAAAACGCGGGCGGUCGGUUUGAAAAAAAUGAAGUCCAACAGAAAGAGUAGAGUGAAAUACUACCCUGGGGCUGCUGCAGGUGAAGCAAACAGCGGAAGGAGCUGCUCUGCGUACCCAAAUGCAGUUUUUGGAGGAUUGUUCAGGAACAGAUGAGAGGCUGAGACACUGCACUUCUCAGAGAACGCUCAAAAGGUUCUACGUCUCUAUGGGUGAUGGGUGACGCACAAAGACAGAGGAUGUAACCUGCAAAGUGAAAGGCAAAGAGGCAAUGAAUGUUUCCCCUUAUUUAUGAAAACUCUUACCUAAAAUGUUCUAUUAACAUGACAGCAAUAUGAAUGUAUGUGAAUGUUUUCAUGGUUUUCAUGUUUUUUUUUGUGGAAUCCAGUAUGAUCCAUACGCUACUAAUAAAUCAUUCACAGAAAUAAAUCAACAUAUAUUUACAGGAAUUUUGGGUGUAAUG